AGCCGACGUGCCCGCAGUUAGACUGCAGCAACAACGUCUGCUUGGCAGGUUACAUGUUGAACUCCAAAGGCUGCGAGACUUGCAACUGUAGACUUGACACUGUAUGUCCAGUGUUCUUCUGCGCCAUCGACUGCCCCUUCAACGCCUACCGCCUCAACGUGGACGGUUGUCGUACAUGUCGCUGUCAGAACAGCGUCCCUGCGAUCUGUCCCCGUCUCACGUGCACGGACUUGGUCUGCCCUUUCGGGACGGAGGUCGACCCCAUCACCGGAUGUGACCUUUGCUCCUGCAGAUUCAAUUUUGAAAUGCGAGUCAUCAGGUGGCAAUGGGCGACGGAAGACCGGAGAAAACGUCGGAGUUUGGAAUAACCCGGAUGUGCAAGAAGUAACCCGGAUGUAACUCUGCCCUACCGGAAAUUGUACUUGUGUAACUAGUUGCUGGGGAACCAGUCGGAAGCGUUCAAUACAUUGUGGAUUCUAUGGAGGCGACCAGUUUAAGCUUGCGAUAUUGUAUGAUAUGUUUCUUGGACAGUUGUAUCAAAACUAUUGUUGACUGUAACGUUUACUGAUGACACGUGCUGCCUUCCCACCACAACUUGUCACUAUAUUUUUCAUGGAUGUGAAGAAGACCGAAACGGUGGUAUCACUAGAGCUAAUAAUGAAUUUAUAUAUUUCAAACCAAUAUCGAUAGUGUCUCGAUAUUUUCAUAUAGGUGCAGUUACAAUUCUUGUAGACACCAAACCAUUCUUCACCUGUGGAACGCGUCCUCUGUGUUGUCGACAGAGACGUGGGUAUAUGAGCAACGUCUUGUACAGAGAUAUAAUUUCUGUUUUCGUUUCAUUUCGAUCGCACUUUUGAGAUUUCCGUGUUUAAGACAUUUUAAGUGCGUUUCUGUGAAGGAUGCGGCCAAGGGGAGCCAUAUCCUAUGUCUAGGGUGUUGCAUACGGACCUUACAACAGAUACACCUGGGGCCGUUUCACAAAGCGAUCGUAGCGUUAAGACAUUGUUACUCCCGUACUUAAAUACUGGCAAAGUCUUCAAACGACAUUUUGAAGUGAUACACAAAAGUUGAUAAUAAAUAGAUGUAAAUUUCAUUAUUAUGCGGAUGGCAGCGUUCCAUAUUGUGUUCCAUCUUAAUAUGGAAGUUGACUUCACGAAUUCUCACCUUUGGAAGGUUACGACAAUAACGCUACGAUCGCUUGUUGAAGGUGCUCUGUGCUGAAACACCCCUUUGCUAAAUUUGAAAUACACAGAUAUACCCACGCGCUUAAAAAUACAGCUAUCAGGUACAGGAAGGUGGGGAUUAGGGUGUAUAUUAAAACCUGGCAAUCAGAGGUCAGUUAAUUCAUUUCAGUUAGAAUCAAAUUUGAAUUAAAUCAUUUAAAAUAAUUAAAUAAUUUGAGAACUUGAGAAGAACACAUAAUUUAUUAGAACCGGAUAUGCAUUAUUUAGAUGUAUUUUAAUGUGUACACAUUUGUAAACUCGAUCACCUUAAUGCAGAUAUUGUAAAGCGGGUUUGAAUCCCAUGCUGGGUUAUGUACGUUAAGGAAGAGGGAUCACAUCCACAACGCUAGAAGGUGUU